UCAGAGAAGGCGGGUGGUGCUCUUGUAAUUGGAAAAGCUUCGCGAUGUGACAAGACGCUUUGGCGAACACCGCAGCGAUUGAUUGCGUGAGAGGGAUUGAGUGGGUGCAACCGACCAAGAGAAUUUUCCGGUUACUGUCUUUCUUUCAGGCACACGUACCUUCGCGGUAAAUCGCAUCACAUCCUCUCUUCGUUUAGGCUACUCUCUCUACCCAUUCGGCGUAUUUCACUCGGAUAACUUCUCUCUAAAGGAAAAUACUGUUUAUGGUUUUGACCGAAGAUUUCAAGAUGUCUCGCACCGACGAGGUUCACCGCAUAACGGAGAAUGUCUACAAGUCCAUCAUGGAACAGUUCAACCCCUGCUUGCGGAACUUCGUUGCCAUGGGGAAGAGCUAUGAGAAGGCCCUAUCCAAUGUGACGUUUGCUGCUAAGGGCUACUUUGAUGCCCUGGUGAGGAUGGGAGAGCUAGCCAGUGAGAGCCAGGGAUCCAAGGACAUGGGGGACGUGCUGUUUCAGAUGGCUGAGGUCCACAGACAGAUCCAAGUACAGCUAGAGGAGAUGCUGAAGUCUUUCCACAACGAGCUGCUGUCUGAGCUGGAGAAGAAGGUUGAGCUGGAUGCUCGUUACCUGACGGCUGCGUUGAAGAAGUACCAAGUGGAGCACAAGAGUAAGGGAGAGAGUCUGGAGAAGUGUCAGGCUGAACUGAAGAAACUCCGCAGGAAGAGCCAGGGCAGCAAGAACCCCUCCAAGUACGGAGAGAAGGAGAUGCAGUUUGUGGAGACCAUCAGUAGUAAGCAGAGUGAACUGGACACCUUCAUAGCAGAGGGCUACAAGACUGCCCUGUCUGAGGAGCGCAGGAGGUACUGUUUCCUGGUGGACAGACAGUGUGCUGUGGCCAAGAACAGCAGCGCCUACCACGGCAAGGGUAAAGACCUGCUGACCCAGAAGAUCCCAGUAUGGCAGCAGGCUUGUUCAGACCCCAACAAGCUACCAGAGCGGGCCAUGCUCCUAGCCCAGCAGAUGGGCUCCGGGUCCAGCACGGGCACCGCUUCCCUGACCAUGGGGGGCUCCAGCCCCCUGAACACCUCCAAGUCUAACCUGUCCAACCUGGUCAUCUCUGACCCCAUCCCCGGGGCUCAGCCACUCCCUGUCCCCCCAGAACUGGCCGUCUUCAUGGGUGGUGGGCUGGGGCACCAGGCGAGGCUGAUGGGUUCAGAUGGGAUGUCCAUGGUGAACGGUACGACAGGACUCCACGGAGAGGAAGAGUACUGGACAGAGGGGGGGGUGUCAGUCUCCCAGCUCCAAGGAAGACCCUCCUCCCCCCAGGCCCCUUCCCUACCCCAGGGACAGGCCCCCACCCAGAGACAGGUCAGUGAGCACUACUCCAAUACCCUGCCCGUCCGCAGGCCCCAGCCUGCCAAGAACAAGACCUCUGUUGGUGAGACCCGUACCCUGCCCAGGUCUAGCUCCAUGGCAGCGGGGCUGGAGAAGAACGGUCGUGCCCGUGUCCAGGCCAUCUUCUCCCACGCGGCCGGAGACAACAGCACCCUGCUCAGCUUCUCUGAGGGAGACAUCAUCACCCUGCUGGUCCCAGAGGCCCGUGAUGGAUGGCACUAUGGGGAGAACGAGAAGAACAAGAUGCGUGGCUGGUUCCCCUUCUCUUACACACGUGUGCUGCCAGAGAGUGAGAAGGAGAAGCUCCAGGUGAAUCUGCACCAUGGGAAGAGCAGCAGCACUGGGAACCUGCUGGAGAGCGACAUGUCUCUGCCCAUGCCCGACUACGGCCUGACUGCCCGCCUGCUGGCACAGAGCCUGGCACAGAGCAGACCCAGGCCCUACAGCAUGGCAGGCUUUACCACACAGCCUGCCCUUGAGGACUAUGACAGUCGCUUUGCUGCUGCAAGUUUGGGUCCAGAAAUGUCCCGGUUCUGAAAGAACAGGACGUCAUGACCGAGCCCUGGAGAUUUACUUCAGACAACCCAUCAAUGAUGACAGAUCAGCCCCUAUAUUCUACUAGCAGGGGCCUUCACAGCACCCCUGUAGGUCCCUGGCCUCUCACCCUCCCCUGACAGCACCCCUGUAGAUCCCUGGCCUCUCACCCUCCCCUCACAGCACCCCUGUAGGUCCCUGGCCUCUCACCCUCCCCUCACAGCACCCCUGUAGGUCCCUGGCCUCUCACCCUCCCCUCACAGCACCCCUGUAGGUCCCUGGCCUCUCACCCUCCCCUGACAGCACCCCUGGCCUUUCACGCUCCCCUCACAGCACCCCUGUAGGUCUCUGGCCUCUCACCCUCCCCUCACAGCACCCCUGUAGGUCCCUGGGGCUCCCUGGCCUCUGAUCCUCCUCUCACAACCCCCCUGUAGGCACCUGGGGGUCCUUGGCCCCACCACCUCCCCCUAACCAGCUUGUGUGUCCCUGGCCCCUCGCCCUCCUCUUAAGACCCCUGUAGGUCUCUGGCCUCUAGUCACAAUACUGAUAAUAAUGAACAUAUAUGUGUCAUUUCUAUGUUCCUGUAACUGAAAUAAUGUACAGCAAACUGUCUUAAGAGGUUGAAGGUAAAUAUUGAGAGGGAGGACAACGUGUGGUAUGUAUAUAGGUUAUAUUACAGUAAAUUGAUAGUUACACUGGAUGUAGAUGUACAGUAUAACAUAAGUACAUUUGUAAAUACUUUUUUCAUUUAAAACUAUUACUUGAUAUUUUAAAGCAAGUCUGCCCAACGCUCUUCCUGAAGAUCUACCAUCCGGUAGGUUUUCAAUCCAACCGUAAUCAAACAUACCUGAUUCCACUAGUUAAGGUCUGGGGGACCUGCUAAUAAUUAGAGUGAGUGAAAAAGUACAGGCCGGUAGGUCUUCAGGAAGAGGGUUGGGCAGCCCUGCAGCAGGCCUACAUGCUAGCCUGGAACUGCUGUCAACUAGGAUGGGCGUUAGGGAGGCUCCACCACUACACUUACACUGCCUUGUAAAAGUGUUCACACCCCUCGGAUUUCCUCACAUUUAGUUUGUACUAAGUGGGAUUAAUAAUAAAUAAAAUAUUUUUUUGUUGUCAACAAUCUACACAAAAUACUCAAGUCAAAGUGUUUUAUUGAUUUAAUAUGAAUAGAGAUUACAUAACAAAAAUAUUGUUGUUGCAUAAGUAUUGAGCUCCCUAAGUCAAUACAUUUGACUUAGGGGGCGAUUACAUCUGUGUCUUCCUGGGUAAGUCUUUUAAAGCUUUACACACCUAGAUUGUGCAAUAUUAGCCCAUUUAUUCUUUUUAAAGUUCUUCAAGCUCUGUCAAGAUGUCUCGCUAUUGAUUUAAGCAGAUUUAUGUCAAACUUGGCCACUCAGGAACAUUCACUGUCUUCUUGGUAAAAUACUCCAGUGUAGAUUUGGCCUUGUGUUGUAGGUUAUUGUCCUGCUGAAAAGUGAAUUCCCCUCCCAGUGACUGGUGUAAAGCAGACUGAAGCCUCAAGGAUUUUGCAUGUGCAUAGCUUCAUCCCGUUUCUUUUUAUCCUGGAAAACUGCCCAGUAUUUGCCGACAUCAAGCAUACCCAUAACAUGAUGCAGCCACCACCAUGCUUAAAAAUAAGGAGGCAGUUAGUUACUCCGUGUUGUUGGAUUUGCCCCAAAUGUAAGGCUUUGCAGUGUUUUUUUAAAAGUAUAACUUGUGUGCCUUGUUGCAAACAACAUGCAUGUUUUGGAAUAUUUUUAUUCUGUAUAUUUGUAUUGUUCUUUUCAAUCUGCCAUUGUAAGUCAUUAUUGUGGAGUCUCUACAAUGUUGUUGGGCCAACCUCAGUUUUCUCCCAUCACAGCUUUUUUUUAAAUCACCAUGGUGACAUCCCUGAGCUGUUUCAAUCCUGCUGCUCAGUUCAAAAGGAGGACUGCAUCUUUUAUGUCUCUGGGUGGUUUAAUACACCAUCCACAUAAUAAUGAUUAACUUCACCAUGCUUAAAUAUAUAUUCAAUGUCUGAUUUGCUAUUGUUACCCAUCUACCAAUCACUGCCCUUCUGAAAAAGGCUUUCGAAAAGGUCCCUGGUCUUUGUAAUUUAAUCUGUGCUUGAAAUUCAAAAAAUAACAAUAUAUACAGGGGGGUGCCGGUACAGAGUCAAUCUGCGGGGGCACCGGUUAGUUGAGGUAGUAUGAACAUGUAGGUAGAGUUAAUUAAAGUGACUAUGCAUAGAUGAUAAUAGAGUGGCAGUGAUGUGGGGAGGGGGCAAUGUGAAUAGUCUGGGUAGCCAUUUGACUAGAUGUUCAGGAGUCUUAUGGCUUGGGGGUAGAAGCUGUUUAGAAGCCCCUUGGAUCUAGACUUGGCGCUCUGGUACCGCUUGCCGUGUGGUAGCAGAGAGAACAGUCUAUGACUAGGGUGGCUGGAGCCUUUGACAAUUUUCAGGGCCUUCCUCUGACACCGCCUGGUAUAGAGGUCCUGGAUAGCAGGAAGCUUGGCCACAGCGAUGUACAGGGGCGUUCGCACUACGCUCUGUAGUGCCUUGUGGUCAGAAGCCGAGCAGUUGCCAUACCAGGCAGUGAAGCAACCAGUCAGCAACCAUGCUCUCAAUGGUGCAGCUGUAGAACAUUUUGAGGAUCUGAGGACCCAUGCCAAAUAUUUUCAGUCUCCUGAGGGGGAAUAGGUUUUGUCAUGCAUGCUUCACGACUGUCAUGGUAUGCUUGGACCAUGUUAGUUUGUUGGUGAUGUGGACACCAAGGAACUUGAAGCUCUCAACCUGCUCCACUGCAGCCCCGUCGACGAGAAUGGGGGCGUGCUCGGUCCUAUUUUUCCUGUAGUCCACAAUCAUCUCCAUUGUCUUGAUCACGUUGAGGGAGAGGUUGUUGUCCUGGCACCACAUGGCCAGGUCUCUGACCUCCUCCCUAUAGGCUCGUCUCAUUGUCGGUGAUCAGGCCGAGCACUGUUGUGUCAUCGUCAAAAUUAAUGAUUGUGUUGGAUUCGUGCCUGGCCGUGCAGUCAUGAAUGAACAGGGAGUACAGGAGAGGACUGAGCACGCACCCCUGAGUGGCCCCUGUGUUGUAAUGUGGUCUGCAGCUUAUCAUGAGAAACUACCUCAGAUGAGCAAUGGCUCGAGACUUCCUUAGAUAUCGUCCACCAGCUGUUUACAAAAAUACAUAGACCGCCACACCUUGUCUUACCAGAUGCUGCUGUUCUAUCCUGCCGGUACAUAGUAUAACUAGCCAGCUGUAUGUUGAUAUUGUUGUCAUUCAGCCACGACUCCGUGAAGCUUAUGAUGCUACAGUUAAUGUCCCGUUGGUAGUUUAAUCUUCCCAAUAACUCGUCCAUUUUAUUGUCCAAAGAUUGCAUGUUUGCGAGCAGAAUUGCGGGGAGUUAGGGUUUAUUCGAUCGCCGCCUACUCCUCAGAAGGCAGCCCGCCCUCUGGCAUCUAUCUCCACCUCCUCUUCACGCAGAUCACUGGGGCCUGUUCCUGAGGGAGCCGUAUAUCCUCCGCCUCGGGCUCAUCAGAGUUGUGAAAGAAGAGAAAGGUUUCUGGUAGUCCGUGGUGAGUAAUCUCAGUCCUGAUGAUGUCUAGAAGUCAUUUUCGGUCAUAAAAGACGGUAACGACAACAUUAUGUACAAAAAUGAGUCAAACAACGCAGAUAAAACAAAAAACACAAUCGGUUGGGGGCACGUAAAACAUCUGCCUUCUGCUCCGGUGCCAACUUGUGUUAUUUGUUUAACCAAACUAAUUUAGGCCUGAACAAAGGGGCUAUAUUUUAGUUAUCUACUUUUAUUCAUCUUCAAAAAAACCUGCCACUUUGACAUUGGUGUAUUUUGAGUCAAUUGUUGACCCCCAAAAAAUACAAUUUUAUCAAUUUUAAUCGCACUUUGUAACACAAAAUGUGAAGAAAUCCAAGGGGUAUGAAUACUUUUGCAAGGCACUGUAGAUAGUUAAUGUCUUCUUGCAGAUUAAAAGAUGUCGGUUUGUUUGACCAAUCCAUUUGUUUUCAUUUGUACAAAUCAUGUUUUUCCAUAAUAGACCUCAGUAUUCUUUGAUGAAAACACUGUACAUUUGACAUUGAACAUCCUAUAGAUAGACUACUAACUUACAGUAUGAGCAUUGAAUGAAGGCUUGCAGAAACCCGGUCAGAUAUGCAUAUCACAAACUCUUUCUUGUUCAGUCCAUACAGAUCUUCUUUGCAGUGAAAUGAGGUACCUUACAGCAAUGUGUCCUCCAGCUAAGGCAGGGGUCGUUUAGCAGCUCAUGGAAAUGCAUAGUGAUGUACAAUGAAUGUGAUCAAACACAACUGCAAACAUUAGCUAAUGCUUCUGUACAGGCCAUAGACCACCAUAAAUAACACCAUAUUGUCUAGGAGUCGUGAAACAGUAUGGCCAGUAACAUGGGGACUGUGCCUUCUGUCUGCCUGUCGUUUCCUAUGCAGCUUCAGGUUAAACCAUCAUCCUAAAACACUGCUAUAAGCAAAGGGAACAUGUAUCACUUUUAUCUGGAUAUUGUUUGUUAUAUUGUUCUUCAGAAUGUCACAAAUGUUAUUUUCUUUUGAUUUAGACUUUUCGAAAAUGUUUGAUCAGUCUGCUAAGUAAUUCUACUGUAAACAAAAUGUUUGAUCAGUCUGCUAAGUAAUUCUACUGUAAACAAAAUGUUUGAUCAGUCUGCUAAGUAAUUCUACUGUAAACAAAAUGUUUUUUGUUGCCUGAAUAUGUUAGACUACUACUGUACUACUACAUACUCUAAUGGUAGAAUACAAAUAGAGAAAUGCUAUGAAUUCCCUUCUACAUGUUUUUUCUUUUUAAAGUGAGUAUUAUAACUUUAUAAUAAGAUGUUAGCUAGCUACAGUAGAAAUAAUAGCUGAUAUGAUUUGACGUUCAGAUCUAGUUUCCCCACCUCCGAAUAACAAAUAGAAUGUUAUUGUCAUAGUGUGAUCAUGCUGACUCAGUAUUAUACACUGUAGGCCUAUCUGAAACCACACCCUGUUCCCUUUAGUGCACUACUAUUGGUCAGAGCCAAUCUGGGCACUACGUAGGUAAUAGGCUGCCAUUUUGGACACUUAUUGAUCGUCUUCAAUAGGUGUCAGAGAAUGGACAGUAGACACGCUGGUUAGUGUGGAGGUAUGAGAGAGAGAAACUGAUAUGAGUGUAAGAAUCGGAGUCUCAAUAGAUACCACUGGUUGGAUUCAACUUUAGACGACUGUUUGCGAACAGGUAAACCACUGGCUAGGCACACCAGAAGGGUUUCAAAUACAUUUUAUACGGUUUUAUAAUAUUUUCUCACUCUGUUCCUGUAUCUGUAUAUCUGUACAAAAAUGACCUUUGUACACAUUCAUGACCUUGUAUGAAAUAAAACAAUUGGACACAA